GGGCCAAGAAGGCUCUGAGCCUGGGCGCUGUGAUUGGGAGAGGCGGAGGGAGCCGGGCCGUGCCGUGCCGGGUGUGCGCCGCACGAAAAUGCACUCAGAUGCCGCGGCUGUCAAUUUUCAGCUGAACUCUCAUCUGUCAACACUGGCAAAUAUUCACAAGAUUUACCACACUUUGAAUAAGCUGAAUCUGACAGAAGACGUUGGUCAAGACGAUCACCAGACAGGAAGUCUUCGAUCUUGCAGUUCAUCAGACUGCUUUAGUAAAGUGAUGCCUCCAAGGAAAAAGAGGAGACCUGCAACAGGAGAUGAUUUAUCUGCUAAGAAAAGUAGACAUGAUGGCAUGUAUAGAAAAUAUGAUUCAACUAGAAUAAAAGCAGAGGAAGAAGUCUUUUCAAGUAAGAGGUGCCUAGAAUGGUUCUAUGAAUAUGCAGGAACUGAUGAUGUUGUGGGUCCUGAGGGCAUGGAGAAAUUUUGUGAAGACAUUGGAGUUGAACCAGAAAAUGUAGUUAUGCUUGUGUUAGCUUGGAAAUUGGAUGCACAAAACAUGGGUUACUUUACAUUGCAAGAAUGGUUAAAAGGAAUGACAUCACUGCAAUGUGAUACAACAGAAAAACUAAGGAAUUCCUUGGAUUACUUAAGAACUUUAUUAAAUGAGCCAACAAAUUUUAAACUUAUUUAUAGAUAUGCAUUUGACUUUGCACGGGAGAAGGACCAGCGCAGCCUAGACAUAAAUACUGCCAAGUGCAUGUUGGGGCUUCUGUUAGGAAAAACAUGGCCUCUUUUUCCAGUAUUCCAUCAGUUUCUAGAGCAAUCAAAAUACAAAGUUAUCAACAAGGACCAAUGGUGCAAUGUUCUAGAAUUCAGCAGAACAAUUAAUCUUGACCUCAGUAAUUAUGAUGAAGAUGGGGCCUGGCCAGUGUUGUUGGAUGAAUUUGUGGAGUGGUAUAAAGGAAAACAGAUGACAUAGGAAUUUAACUAUGCAGAGCUGCUCAAGAGUCACUGUUACCACAGUUUUGUCAACCAUUAGCCAUAAACUGCUGUUUGUAUCAAAGUGCAUGCUGCUUUUCUUGCACUGUAUCCCUUUUGCAGGGAACUUUCGGUGUUUGCUAUUUAACAGGCCAGCUCUGCUUGCUGUGUAGCAUUGUUCUCUUUGAAAGCUGCUUUGCAUUUUGUAUUUACACUACAAAUUGGUGAACUUGCCAGCGUCCUCACUGUGAUUAUGUGUAUAUUGCUGUCUAAAUUUUGUAUAUGUGUAUAAAAAUGCUUCACCUAGGGAUUAUUUCUGCAGAAAUGUAUUGUAAAAAUAAUUUUGUGGCAUAUUUCUAGUCACCUUCAAUGAAUAUGUAACUUUUAUUUUAUCUUUUUUUUUCAUUUGGUCUCAAAUGUAGCAUUUCAAAAAAAAAAAAUUACAGACUGUUUGGACGUAAUUACCACAAGGAACUAUUGCAAGUUUUAAUGUUACUGUUUAAGAUGCCAGUUUCUGAGAGAAGCUUCAUUAAAACUUACUUUGCAGGUACAUGCCAAACAUCACUUUUCUUUAAUAGGGGAAAAGUAUUGGUGUCUUUUAAAAAUUAUUAAAACUGUAAUAGUUGUACAUGCCAGAGAUGAUUUCCACUUGGCGAAGAAAGUAUGGGCAUUUUAAUGUUAAAAUUGCAGUAGUUUGAUUAUAGUAGGUACAAGUGAGCAAAUUAAAGUACCUUUGAAAAAUGGGUUUUAGACUUUUGUAAAUUGCCUUUGGCAUAUUUCUUUUGUUUUGAUUUUACCAAGGUUGUUUGGACUGUGUUGCCAUAAAGAGAAAUUUAAACUUUUAUCUAAAAUUAGUGGUGGGGGAGUUAAGACCUAUAAUCCCUAACCAACAGGUAACCUAGGCUUGGAUUUUUGUUUGUAAUUUCAGUUAGUUUUUCCCAUGCUAUAAAUUUGUGUGACUGAAUAAUUAAAAAUUACACUAAAUAACGAAAAGUUACUACUUUUUUCAUGCUGGGUUUGGAUUUUCCUGACAGAAUGUCCAUUGCAGGCAAUGGGCACAUUAAACACCAGCAUUUAAGAGUUAACUAUGUAAUUCGUUUUUUACGGGCUCCUUCCUUUUUCACUCAUUUGAUUAUUUACAUAAGAAGGUGAUAGCCAUUGCUUUGGGGAGAUGAGUGAAUGGAGUGGUGUCUAAAGUUCUCUACUUCUGUCACGUUGUCUUUGCCUUACCUUUCUUCGUAAAGUAAUGUCAAUGUUGAUUUAAAAAACAGGUUGUUGAAGUAUCUGGUGCUAUUAAAUGUUGGCCCAUAAGGAUCAGUUAAAAUAUCCCAAACUUCCAGCUGUACUAAAGGUCCAGUUCUGCUGUUAUUGAAAUCACUGACAAAACUCCUGAUUGUGUCAAAGACAGAACUUUGGGAUGACGCCUAAUUAAUCAAAAGCACACCAAGCUGCUCUGCUGGACCAGAAAGUCUAAGGUCUUUUGCUAUUUGUAAUUGGUUUGUGUUUAAAACUGUUUUUUUUACGAAUUCAACCACCAAAGACAAAAGUCAUGUAUAUAUUUAAAAGUAUAUGUGCAUAUACAAAAUCUAAAAUCACAUCAUGGUAAGAUGAAAAUACUGCCUUUUCCCACCAAAGUCAUGUUUAGGUUGCCAGGGGAUAAAAACAAAUAGGACUCUCAAAGGUUUCAUAAUGACAAAGCAUACAUAGCAUACUUGUUUGUAUGCUAACACAUAAUAUGAAUUCCAUAUUUGAUGCUAGUUUGCACAUGAUGAUAAUUAAAUGGAGUAUGGCAUUUGUUUACAAUAAGCCUCUUAUUAAAACACCUGCUUUUAAUAAGA